AAGAAGUAGGAGAUAGGUACCAAAGAAGAAGAAGGUGGUGGUAUCAACUCUCCAGUGGAACUAUGGCAAAUGACAAGAAUCCUCUGGGCCAGCUGAAGGACCUGGUGGAGCUGAAGGACCAGCUGGAGGACAUUCAGAGACGGGUGGAGGAUGAGAUACAGGCAGGGGUUCCCCCAGGAGGCAGUCUGCUUGGCUCUCCCUUCCUGAAGGGUUUUCUGGCCGGGUACAUUGUUGCUAGGCUACGCUCUUCAGCACUGCUGGGUGUUGCCGUAGGAACGUGUACAGGAAUCUAUGCAGCACAAAAUUAUGCCGUUCCCAACAUUGAAAACACCAUCAAAGACUACAUAAACAACCUGAAAGGAGGACGUAAAUGAGAAGAGAGGAGGAAAAGUAAGAAGACAACAGAUGGGGGAAGAUGAAAUGUACAAAGUAGAGGUACAUAUGGGAACAGAUAUGUAUUUCAAGAGUUAUUAAUUAAAUUUAUCUUCUACAUGGAUGAGUAAAUAGGAAAACUCAAAAGCUGCAAACCAACUUCUAGAGUAAGGUGAAACAGAUUUUUUUAAUAUCUUUUUUAAAUUCAUCUGAUCCCUUGCAACAUGAGUAAGGAGAAUGAUUAACUGAAUUACAUUUUAUAAUAGACGGAGCAUAUUGACAUGCAUGUGGAAAGGAUUACAAUUUGGUUAAUUUAAACACUCAAGAUCUCCUAUUCUCUUCCCCAUAUGAUUACUUAAAUUUAGACAAACUGUUACUGUUAAUAAAAUUAUAGCUGCUAUAACUGAUUUCUGAUUCCAAACCUGUCCCGCCUACAAUAUUACAAUAUGUGCUUUCUGAAGAUUAUUUGCUACAUAAAGAGACCAACCAAUGUCUACAUAUGUGCAGACCAGCUAUGUUGGCUCUUUUGCCUCCUUACUAAAGGAGCUUCACUUGAGAGAAGCACAACACUUCUCUUUUGCUACUUAAACAUGUAAAUAGUGUUUAGUUUCUUCCAAAGCAACUACUUUAGAAGCACAGUAGACAAGGGUUUUAGAAACUUAUUUUGUCAUCUACUGUGGUGUCUUCUUCUGCCUAGUGGUCAGAAAUCAAUGAUAGCAGCCUUAACUAAUUUGCACUUCUAUGCUCAGGGGAUGAUGGAGCAUGUUAAAAGUUAUCUCUGCACAUCACAAGGUGCUCCUCUGUAAAACCUGCCAGAACCAUUCAUGGUUGUUGUUAGUUUUCAAAUUGUUUGCAGGUGUCAGAGCAAAGUCUGUGGUGUCUGUGGUGUCAUGUGUCUGUAGAGAUUCACAAAAACUCACUUAAGGUAGACAUUUCUUUCAUUUUUACAAUUUGAAGAAUGACUCCUAAAAUGACGCACUCCUUUCAUACACAAGGAAAAGUAUUCCCAGAAAUGUAAUAUUUUUCUUUAUUCCACCUCACACUGCUUAAAAAAUACACUUCACUCUGCAAAAGCUGGGGAACACAGUUAGUAAGCAGUUGGGUGAAAAUGUACGCCAAAGUGAGAUUUUUGUGCAAAAGUGUAGUUUUUAAUUGCACUUGGUGGUUUUAACAAACAGGGAAGAGUCUGUUAAAGUAUUUUAUAUAAAAUAUAUAUUAAGAGUGCCUACUCUGGUCUGAACUUGAUAUUAUCAUCUCAUGCCAUGUGUGCAAUAGCCUUCUCCUGACGGGAUUUGGCUGCCUAUUUCAUAUGCUGGAAAGUAGUUGAUCUUUUGCACUUCUAUGAACUUUAGGGAUUAAAACUGUUUGUGUUUCAGAAAUCAACUUUUUUUUUUUUUUUGUCCCAAAAAUAUCAAUAUCAAUGAUGUAGUGGUGUUUUUACUUAUUUAAAAUGUGGAAUCUGUAUCAUGUGAGUAGUAUGUACUGCAAGAUUUUUUUUUUUUCUGAGGAAUUGGUAUUUUAACAGUAAGAUUGAUAAAUAAAUAAUAAUAAAUUAUGUUCAUAAACAAUACUGUUGCUGCAGGACACUCCUCUGAAAAGCUAAUGCACAGAAAACCACCUAAAAAAUAACACAUUUAAUAACACAGCAGACAUGCAACAGACUUUAAACUUUUUUCUGAAUGAUCAACAUUACAAUUCAUGGAAAGAUAAAAAAAAAAAAAACAAAACUGAAAUUUAUUAAACAUAUUCCUAAUGCCAACAUAGAACAAUGUGUCAUUAAUGAGAGUAAAAUAUGUAGUUUUGCCAACUUUAUCUUAUCUUAUAGAUCAAGGAUUGGACCCUUGUCCUCUUCGGUGCGAUGAAACAAUUUUCUCUCUCAGGUCUCUGGACAAUUCUCUCCCAUGUGCUGCCCUUGUUGUCAGCAUCAAGUCUGAGUGAUUCAGUGGGUGAAGUGAUUUUAAUUGUCAACCAGUCACCCGUUAGAGUGUGAUGGUUCAGCUGUUACAGUUGCCCUUAACUCACACCAGAAAACAUUUUUGACAUUUUACUGUUACUUUCAGGAGGAUGUACUCAUCUGUGCUGUACACAUUAUAAAAACCUUCUCAUCUAAGGAAAGGAAAUGUACUAAGUGUAAUAUAAAGAGAAGUGUACUGCACCAUGGUUUUCACACGACGGAAACAUUAGUGUCCACACAUACUGUAUUGCUGCCAUUGAAAUUGUGUUAAAAAAAGCCAUAAAGGAAAACAUUUAAGUUCAGUUGCGGUUGUGCUUACUGGAACGUGUAUUAUAUGUGUUCUGUAUGUUUGGUAACUGGAAACCAGAAACAACUUGUGCCUAUUGACAACCAUUGUAUUGCUGUCCUUAUAUUGCAUGCUAUUAGUUUUUUAAUUUCCUGUCUAUUAUGUGUUUGCAUGUUUCUCUUGUUCUUUAAGUAAUACCUUUCUUUAAACACUUAUAUGCUGUGGAGUAUAGAACAUGACAGGUGAGUUGAUGGUGCUUUAUUUCGCUGGUUAAUCUGUCUCGUCGUCAUGGGUUUUCACUCCUGCACAUCAACGCAGUGUGACUUUGUAAAAGAAAACAACUGCAACUGUCUUUUAACAGGUUUAUUUGGGAUGUUCAAAUAAAUGGGGAAAAUACAGUUUGUACUUGUUUCAUUUGUUCCCAAUUUUGCCCAAAUGUGUGACAAUAAUUUUAAUCAUAGUUUCACCCCUUUAACUUUAAGCCAAAUGUUCAUAGACCAAGUCACCAUGUUCAUAAUCUGAAUAAUUCAAAAGUAUAAUGUAAACGGGCACUGGACAGAUCUUGAUUUCAUUUACAUAUUGCCAAAAAUCUACUCUUAACAAAAAUAUAUUAAUAAUUACUCCAUGCCCACACUCAACUGAAUUGCCACUCAAUUCAUACUUUUAUUAUUUUAAGUCACUGCUGUUUACUAACUUCCCAACAUCACAUUACUUCUUAUCAAACUGAUAUUAGACACAAUUUGAAUAAAACUUUUUUUUUUAAGUCUGCAAA